CUCACUUCUGGCUGGUGCGGUGCUCUUCUUUUUUGCGCCCUCAGCAAAGAUGGCCGAAACGGCAUCAUAUGUCGUCAGUGCCGGCGCCGGCGAGUGCACGCUACAAUCUCCGCCCUAUUCCUGCUUUCAGGGCGCGCUGCUGCCGCAUCUCCCGGAUCUGUUCUCUACCGACGACAUGUCUGCCAGUAGCCUGCUGGAGCCGGUAAUGAGAGCUAGUUUGAGACCCAAAGGGCAAGGAAGCAAAGUUCAAAAUGGAAGUGUUCAUCAGAAAGAUGGAGUUGAUGAUGAAUUUGAACCAUAUCUACAUACACAGGAACGACAGAAUAAUGGCUACACUGCCUUGUCAGACUCAUACCUUCCUAGUUAUUAUGGUCCAGCCAUUGGUUUCUCCUACUCUCUGAAUGAUGCUGCCUGGUCUACUGGAGGGGACCCGCCACCAACCAUGCCUUUUCUUGCCUCCUAUGGACAGUUGGGCAGCAGUGAGCCCCACUUUUUACCAGAUGCCAUGUUUGGACCUCUAAGCAGUGCCCCUUUUUUGGGACAACCUGCAUUUAACUUUUUUCCUAGUAGCAUGGACUUUUCAGCCUGGGGUAGUGGAGGAAGCUCUCCUGGUGCAUCUGCUCCUAGUUCUGGUUAUGGUGGUAGCUAUGCAUAUGCUCCAAGCACUUUGGGAGGAGCUGUUUUGGAUGAACAGACCAGUUUUGGUGGUGGCAAAGCAGUUGGCAGUCUAGAGCAGAGCAUGGGGGUAUUAAAACUGGGAGAAGGAAAUGGUAUCAAAACAAGUGUAAACAUCCCACCUGCAACCAUCGCUCCACCAAAGCAGGCAUCAUGGGCGGACAUUGCCAGUAAACCUGCUAAGCAGAAUAUUGGAAAGGCUCUUCCUCCACCAGUGAAGCACAACAUGGAGAUUGGAACUUGGGAAAACAAAGCACCCUCCAAUAGCUGCCAACCACCAUCGCCUCCAGUGGCACAACAGCCUACAGUGAUUCCAUCUUCACAUGCUCCUGCACGUUGGUCAGCACCACGCAAUCGAGGAUCAGAGCAAACUCAGGCCUCACCUAUUUCAUCGGACCCUCAUCCUGUUUUGGAGAAACUGCGUACACUCAAUAACUAUAACCCCAAGGAUUUUGACUGCAACCCAAAAUUUGGACGUGUGUUUAUUGUUAAAAGUUACUCAGAAGAUGACAUACAUCGAUCCAUCAAAUACAAUGUGUGGUGCUCCACUGAGCACGGCAAUAAACGCCUGGAUGCAGCUUAUCGUUCUCUUAAUAGCAAAGGUCCAGUGUACUUGCUUUUCAGUGUUAAUGGUAGUGGUCACUUCUGUGGUGUGGCAGAAAUGAAAUCCGCUGUAGACUAUAAUACCUGCGCAGGUGUAUGGUCUCAGGACAAAUGGAAGGGACGUUUUGAUGUACGUUGGGUCUUUGUUAAAGAUGUUCCCAAUGGGCAGUUGCGCCACAUCAGAUUAGAGAACAAUGAGAAUAAGCCUGUUACCAACUCUCGAGACACUCAAGAGGUUCCUUUGGAAAAGGCUCGCCAGGUUCUUCGAAUCAUAGCUAGCUACAAACAUACCACUUCCAUAUUUGAUGACUUUUCGCAUUAUGAGAAGAGGCAAGAGGAGGAAGACAGUAUCAAAAAGGAGAAAUGCCCAAUAAGCCAGUCAUCACUAGAAGCCCCACUGCCAGGGAUCAUUUUCCCAGAGGUAAUAAAGAAUUAGAAUAUCGCACCAAGAAUCAGGAUCAUCGAACAGACUUUCUCCUGCACACCCGUGUAGAACAUAAAGGACUUUAAGCAAAUGGAUGAUUACCACAUUACAGGACAAACUUAAAAACUUGGGGCCAAAGCCUCCAAAUUUUACCUUUCAUUUUCAGGGAUUGAACUAUAGGAUUCAGUGCUGGGAUGCGGUUCAAUACGUUUAUACCCCCAGGAUCUGAGAUCAAGAUUGGAUAUUUUUUUUUUCUUUCCUCCAUAGAGGCUGGAGACUUUUCUCUUCCUUUUUGCCAUUUUUUUUUUUUUUGCAUUUUUAUUUGGUUUUGUGGCAAAAGCCCUGGUUUCUUUUCCACAGCUCCCAGUAAGCACAUGUGUGAUUUUCGUAAAGACUUUUGUGUGUUUUCGGGUUUCUUUGCCAUUUUCAUAUUGGUGGUACAUGCACACUUUUCUUUUAGAUAUGCUUUCACGAUAUAUAUUGUCGCGGUGGAUAUAACUCUUUUUCACCACUUUUAGAUGUGACUGAAUAGCCAUCUAUCUGACUCUGCUGUAAGCACUUAGAGAUAAAACAAUAUAUAUGGUACAUGCAUGUCUAUUCCUACUGUGUGUGUGCCCUCGGGUAUCAGGAGCAUGCCUGGGCAUAAUAAAUGUCUAAUGUUCAGUUUCAUUUCUGUAAUUUUGUUAAAUUUAACACAGAACCAUGACUGCAGUUCUAAUUUAGCUUGACUAUAAAGGCUUUACUCAUUAACUCUUGUAUACAUAAUGAUUUAAAAUUGCAAUCCUCCUGUCA